GCAACCGCAUUUUUAAAAACGCGUACAAACACAAAAAAAUCACAAGUGGGGUAUUUUCUAACGUACUUUAUGUCGAGGAACAAAACGUGAAAAUGUAUCGCCCUUGUGCUAACCACGGCCCUACUUUCAGGUAUCUAAACAAACACACAUUCAAAAAACAAACAAACAAAAACUUCAGGGCGGAGGAACCGGAACCGGAAAACCGGAGGUUUACCCCGCUACCGUAAACCUAGUGCAGCGUGUCGUAAAACCGACUUGUAACAGUGUGGAUGGAUAAGUCAAACCCUAUUGUCACCGCGGUGGAUUUCACAUUUGGAAAUAUGUGAUAGUAUCACUAAUCUGGCUGCGUGUUCACACAGACCGGUACCGUAACUCAGCGAUGGACUCCAUGUAGGCUUUUAGCAGCCAGAAGAUGGUCUCCAACAAAACAAGCUCGGAAAUGGCAACAUACAACGCCGAAGCCGCUGCUGGACACUCUGUUGUGGUGGAGGUGAGCCCAGACAUCCAUAUCUGUGGCUUAUGCAAGCAGCAGUACAAUAAUUUUGAGGUAUUCCUUGCCCACAAGCAAAAUGGAUGUUCCCUACCUGCCUCUGGCACAUCAGCCGUCACUGCAACAGCCUCUAUUACGGAUUCCAGCACCGGAUUUGUAUUCGAGGAAGCCUACCAGACCUGCGUUAUGAGAGGUGUCAGAAAGCUCCUGACAAAAGCACAGAAAACACCUUCCAAAAAAUUAAAAUCUGCCCUGGCUUCAAAGAGACACAGCUGCUGUUUCUCAGGUUGCAAUUUUAAAACACAGUAUGGCCAAAAAGACAUGGAGCGGCAUCUGAAAACCCACACUGGUGAGAAGCCGUUUGAAUGUGAGCUGUGCCACAAGCGCUUCAGUCGGCGGGACAAGCUCAACAUGCACAGCCGCUCGCACACAGGCGAGAAGCCACACAAAUGUAAACACUGUCCAUAUGCAGCAGCAGACAGCAGCAGUCUAAAGAAGCACCUGCGUAUCCACUAUGAUGAGCGGCCAUUUAAGUGCCAGAUCUGCCCUUAUGCCAGCCGCAACUCCAGCCAGCUCACCGUGCACCUCCGCUCGCACACUGGGGAUGCACCUUUCCAGUGCCAACAGUGUGAUGCAAAGUUCAAAAUCAACUCGGACCUGAAGAGGCACAUCCGGAUUCACUCUGGUGAAAAGCCUUACAAAUGUGAAUUCUGCGAGUACCGCUGCGCCAUGAAAGGCAACCUGAAAUCUCACAUUCAGAUCAAACACGGCACUGAGAACUCCUUCCACUGCGUGCACUGCGAUUUCAGAUGUUCCAACAAAACUGCUCUGCGGCAGCACUCACGAGAACACCAACCCACUCAACCCAUGCAGUGUUCCAAGUGCACUUACUCUUGCUCCAGCAAGGGGGCGCUCAAAGCCCAUGAGAGGAUUCAUUCGGAGGAGCGCCCCUUUAAAUGUGACUUCUGCAGCUUUGCCUCCAAGCAGCGCAGCAAUCUUGUCAUUCACAAGAAGAAGUUCCACUCAGAUAAGCCUGACAAUGGGAAAGGCAGCAGAAGUGGAGGAAGCAGCAGGGGCAGUGACUCUCCAAAGCGUGCCAGCUCUAGGUAUCGGGCCAAACUCGACGCAGCUCGAGCCUUCUGCUGUGACUCAUGCAGUGCUUCAUUUGUUAGAGAAGACUCUCUGCGGAGCCAUAAGAAGCAACACAGAGAUGCUCAGAAUGUACUGCAGCUCCAGCUCUCCACAACAGCCAGUGCACUCAACUUGAUUCCUGUCACAGCGUCGCAGAGCAACACCCAGCUUGAAGUUCCUAUCCCGUCUGAUUCUAUGUCUCCUUACAGCAGUGCACAGCUCAAAAUCAUUGUAUCUCACCCUCUGGGCCAGGAGAAUCCCUUAAUCCCAGCCGCUGUGGAUAGUCCAAAUAAGACCAACAUGGUCCUGCUGAGCCCAGAAAACCAGGACAUGGUAGUCAACUCCAUGAUCCAGCAGGUCAACCUGUUGGCUCCGGUGCGACCCCUGGGGUCAUCCCAGACUGCAGAAGCCACCCUUGAACACCAAACAGUCCUCUUGACGCAGCUCAGCCCCGAAGACACCCACAACCCGCUCCAGCAGGCCCUGCUGCAGACGGCCAUAGGCGCUCAGGACCCCAGCAGCGGCGCACAGACUUUCAUUACCACCUGCUCUGAACUGGAGGGUCUCAACGCUUUGAUCCAGGACGGUGGCACCGAGGUAACAGUAGUGACAGAAGGGAACACCUCCACCAUGACCACAGCGGCUCCAGCCGACAUGGUGUGUGGUCCAUCGGACGACAUGUCCAAGACAGCAGGGGUGGUUACGAUCGACGAGAGUGCCUUACCCUGUGAGGAAACUGCAUUACUGGUGCCAAAUAUGGGCCUGGGCAGCCAGAACGUGGUCAUCCAUGGUGUUCCACUGAUUGUGUCCACUGAGUCACAGCAGACUGCAAUUGAGCAACUCUCUCCUCACACACUCUAUUCAGAUUCACACACACUGGAGGGAAUCCCACAAUGAACAGAGGGUUUGUGUAUUUUGCUGUUAAGGUAAAGACUGUAACUUCUUCAUAAGCUAUUUCUUUGCGAGUAAGAACUCUUAGGUCUAGAGAUUGUAUAUUCAUUACCACCUGCCGUUGUACUAGUUUGUAGUAGUUUAAUCAUUAACAGUUGUAGUAAGAAAAUACUUGUUUUUGUUUCAGAUUUUAGAAUAAUUAAUUGUUUGUCAUAGGACAUUGGUUCCACCUAUAAUGUUAUCACAUUUAAUAUUGAAUAAUUUCUGAA